UCUGCGCUGCACAAAUUGGGGAUUCCCGUUUCGUCUGAGACAACCAGGCAAGGAGCGUCGUAAUUUCUAUUGUUUUUACCUGUCAUACACCUGGAAUUUACCUCAAGUUCAAUGAUGUUCACGAAAAUUCAUCAAAAUUGCAUACAUGCCUAAUGACAGGCAACAGUCAGCCACAGAUAUCUAUUGCAAGUAGUUUUAGGAGCAGACUUUGUUGUUCAUUAGAGUGAGAUCUGAACCCAACCAUGGUUCUGGAAUCCCUGCUAUCCAGUGUGCUCAACAAGUACCUGAGCAAGUACAUCAGGAACUUGGACAGUCAUAAUCUCGAACUUGGCAUCUUUGACAGUAGCUUAGAACUGACAGACCUAGAGAUAAAGCCAGAGGCAUUGGCUCAGCUGAAUCUCCCCAUAGAAGUAGUUGCUGGCCAUAUAGGAAGGAUAUACAUUGACUUUUCCUGGACUGGGCUUUUCUCUGAACCGGUAGUGGUCAAUGUUGAAGACCUCCUGGUACUGGUCAGUCCAGUUGCUGACCGCCCAUACGAUGAAGAGAAAGCGAGAAAUGCUGAGAAUGCGUCCAAGCAACAGAAGCUUUCAGCGAUUGAAGUGUCCAAGAAAGCCACUUCAGACACAAGUAGCAAGAGUCACGAUCUGUCAUUCACCGAGAAGUUAACUGCAGCAAUCAUCAACAAUAUACAGGUCAAUGUCUCCAACGUACACAUUCGAUAUGAAGAUAAUAGUACCUACCCGGGGAAGCCAUUCGCCUUUGGUGUUGCAUUGCAUCGAGUCUCUGCCCAGACAACCGAUGAAGAAUGGGAACCCACUCAGCUGGAUGCUACAGCCACCAUCAUGAGGAAGCUGUUGGAAGCCAUUGGGUUUUCUGCCUACUGGAACACAUCGGUGGAGCAUCCAGUCUCUGGUUAUGUCAGGAGUGGACAAUGGAAAGAGAUCCUCAAGAGCUCCAUCCUCAGUCACCAGGUCAAGGGUCAACCCUUCGAUUUCGUUGUUGAGCCAGUGACCACCACAGCCCGCCUGACCUUCGACAAGUCCGACCCUCCAACGGACUACACCAACCCACAGAUCAUCUUGGACAUUCUCACCUCCGCCUUGACCAUCUCCUUGACACGGCCGCAGUACAUCUGCAUCAUUGACCUCGCCCAGUCCAUGCAGCUGCUGGCGGUCAACGAGAGAUACAGGAAAUACAGGCCAGGUGUCCACGUCCAAGGGAACACAAAGAAAUGGUGGCACUAUGCAUACAAGGCCAUCUUGGAGGAGCACAUCCGUCCCUGGUCCGCCCCCAGGAUAGAGGCCCACCUGGAGGUCUACAACACCUACUGGCAGAAGUACAAGCAGAAGCUGGUCCUGCAGGAAGCCAAGCAGAGCACAGAGGCUCUCGACAGGAAGAUCAAGGGUCUGGAGGAUAGACUAGACCUGACCAACAUCAUCGCAGGGAGAGAGAGGGCCAAGACAGAGUUCAUCAAGGAGAAACCAGAGAGAGACAGAGCAAGGAGAAAAAAGAAAGCAGAGGACACCAACUGGUUCAUGCGUCUCAUAGGUUAUGGGGAUGAGGAGGAGGAGGAGGAAGAGGACGAUGAUGAAGAUUUAUGGUCUCAGCUGACAGAUGAAGAGAAGGCUAAGGUGUAUGCUGGGAUAGGUUAUAGCGAGUCGAGAGAGGGCAGCAGUGUGGAUGCUAGCCCUAUUCCUGUACAGUAUGUGAGAACCAAAGUGAGCUUCCUCCUUGACCGCUGCACUGUGGCCUUGAAGAACAGGAAUGGAACCAUACUGAGAGGCUUGCUACAGAACGUACAGGCUGGAGUACAACUUAGACCCGUCAACAAUGCUGUCCAUGUGAUGCUGAGUACAGAUGCCAUGCGUGUAGAGGGCGCCCUACCAAACCGAGAGCUGGUUCCUCUGAUCUCCUCAGAAAAGCUUCAUCCAGACACCUCCAUGACGUCCCAGGUCUUCAGUGUGGACUUUGAGACCUCUCCGUUGACCGUCCCUGCAGACAUGGCUCUGGCCAUCACCUCAGAGCCCGUAGACAUAGUCUACAACCAGUAUGCUGUCUCGGAGCUCAUUGGCUUCCUCAAGGUCGAUAGCUUGGAUCUGUCGGGUCUCAAGUCGGCUGCCUAUGCUGGGGUCCAGGAGCUUGCCAAGGCCUCCCAGAACAACCUUCUCUAUGCAAUACAACAUCAUAAAACAAUCCAGGUGGACUUUGAUGUGAAGUCACCAAACAUCAUCAUUCCUGAGCAUGGAUCCUUGGACCUCGGGGGCUACCUGCUCAUCCUAGACCUUGGUAGUCUAAGGGUUAACAGUGAGCUACAGAAGGACACCACUGCUCUUGAGGACGCCACGCCUACUGAGAUAGAAGCCAGGCUCUAUGACAAGUUUGUCAUCAGAAUCACAGACAUACAAGUCCUACUUGUUGAGCAAGGUGCGGACUGGAGAGAAGCCCUUCAGGCCAGGGAGUCGAGACAUCACAUCUUACCAGGUCUAAGUCUUCAGGUCAACACCUUCAUCAGUGCUAAACCAGACUACAAACAACUUCCGCAGCACAAAAUAGAAGCAGUACUACCGUCACUCAAACUUGCGAUAUCAGACUCCAAGAUUCAAGCUCUCGUCAAGUUUGCCAAGAAUGUUCCACUUCCAGAUGUUCAAGCCAGUUCCAAUGACAUUCCAUACAGGACUCCUAUGCCCUCAAUCGACCCCAAAGCAGUGAAGUCUGAGAUCUCUGCGGCUGCCUUGCGUCGUACCAAGAGACUCAUGCUAUGGAGUAGGAAGGCCAGGAUCGCUGGUACAACCCUGCAGACCAGGAAGAUAACCAACGUAGAUGAUAUAGAUCAUACCCCUGUCCAACCACCCACCCCACCUGUAGCCCCACUCAAAGGUGAUGUAUACUACACAGCAUCAGAUCAUUCCGAUGAGGAUAUCCAACAUUGGGCAGCCUCGUCACAGGUUCCAAAGUUUCACGACAACGAUUCCGCUACGAACCAAACCCACACACUUCUCAGAUUUGUCAUCAGAGAGGUGGUGGUGUCCAUUUCUAAGCCAAGCACCAGCAUUCUACCCCUUCCAGCUACAUCCGGAGAUAGGAGCACCAGUCCAGCUCCUCCCUCCCCCACCGAGACUGGAGAGUCGGAGUACCUCAGCCUGAGGAUAGACUCUGUGUGUGUGGACGUGGCCCUCAGUACCUACGGCCAGGCCCUGCAUAUGGGACUGAGGGGCAUCCAAGUCAUUGAUAAGUUCCAUAUAGGUCCAGAUGGCACUUAUCUUCAUUUGCUCAGCUCAGCGGCUACUUCAGAGCUGUUUUCUGUUCUGUACAGAAAGGUUGACGCUAAGUGUCCAGACUUCAGUGGUUACUAUGGAUCUACGGAGCAGGCUGUCGUCAUCAACUUCAGUGCACUCAAUAUCCUCUUUCACAGAACAGCCGUGCUCUUCCUCAAGAAGUCCAUUACAGAGAUGAUUACAAGUCUGAGUUCCAUCUCACUGACCGAGAAGGUUGCUGGCACAUCACCAGCACCAGACCCUGAACCCAUCCCUCCCAGUACACAAACACAGCAAGAGACGGACCCACCUGCCAAACCUCAGGCACCCAAGGCUCCAGUCAGAGGGGUGAUAAGGUUCUAUGGUGAGGCGACGAUGGAGUACCUUUGCAUCACGCUGACUGAUGUCCAUGAGUCUCUGGCCAAUGUCUACAUCAGAGGACUACAGUUCUCACUCAUAGACAAGGAUACAAGGAUGACUGUGAAGGCAAGAUUGAAAGACUUCUCCUUUGAGGAUGCAGUGGUUAACACCGUUUAUCCCAAGAUUAUAUGUCUACAGGAUCAGACUGCUAUUGAUGUUAGGUUUGUGCAGUUCAAGCAGCCCACCCGUCAGCCCAUACCCACCAUCAUCCCCCCAGACCCUGGGGCCUCUACGGGACCCACCCACGUCCAGCUGGACUACAGCCUCAAGGUCAGGCUGGGCAGCAUCCAGGUAGUGCUGCUCGGACCUUACAUCAAGGAACUACUGUCUUUCUUUGAGCCAUUCCUCAACCAAGGUGCUAUAGAUACAGCCAAAGAGGCAUCCAGCAUAGCAGUCAAGACAGUAGAUGACAGGAGAGAUAAAAUAGAGCAGGUGGAUGACAUACAGCAGACCGGUGUGAAGGUGGGACUGGACAUCAAGAUCCGAUCCCCCAUCAUCCUGGUCCCCGAGAAGCCAAGCUCCGCCCACGCCUUGGUGGCUAACCUGGGCAACCUGUCAAUCAUCAGUUCCUUUGACACGGAGGGCGGGAUCGAGUCGCCGGAUGGGCGGGCCAAGGUGACAGCCCCCCUGAUGAUGUACAUCACCACCAGACUCACAUCAGUGCAGAUAUCAAGGUGAAUAAGGAUCAUA